GCCAUAGCCGGAGGGGAGAAUCAGUACAAGGCCAGAGUCAGAAACCUCCCUGGGGGAUGAGUCCCCUGUUCCUGGCCUGUAGCCCUGAUCCCGGGACCUGGCCGCCAGCCUCUGCCUGGGCUGGCAAAGGGGGCCAGUGGUUGGCCGCCCAGAUUCUGAGCUGGCUGGGCACAAUGUGUCAGGGUGACAGGGGCCCUUUAGGGGCCUCGAGUGGGAGGGCUGAGGGCACUUCCAGCUCAUUUGUCCGUGGUGGGCAGCUUUGCAUGGCCACCAGAGCUGGGUGAAAUGGGCUGAGGUCACCUUCUCCUCCCCAGUGGAUAUUGACCCAGUCAGCCUUGUGUCUGCAGGGCCCUCCCUUUCCUGAGCAUCAGUGGUUGGAGGGGUGUCCUCGGCAGGGCUGGUGCGGGCCAGCGGGUAGGCUGCUGGGUAAAUUUAGUGUGUGGGGUGGUGCAGCUGCCAAGGCCCACCUGCUAACACAGCUGCCACUUGGGCCUUCCUGCCAGGGGCGGGAGGGGGCCGGCUCCGCCUGGGGCUGCUGGGUCCUGGAGGGGCAGGCCUGUGCGCUGGGGGCCCAAGGUAGCACAGAGCCGAGCCGAGGGGUGCGAGGUGAGACACCGGCUGGCCGCUUGGGGAUCCUGUUCUUCCCUUUCCAGCCAGCGGGAGCUGAGGAGCCCGGGCCUGACCGGCUGCCCACAGUCCCUGUCAAAGGGCUGGUGCCUUGACCUUGUCAGAUGUCAGCAGUUGGGGUAGCCACCCCUGGGCAUGGCCUAUCAGCUCCCUUCAGGGCCUGGGAAGGUGGGGCUCAGAGGGCCUAUCACUGUUUGCUUCCCCUUGUCUCUACCAAUCAGGAGCUCCAGGGAAGGGGAACUGAGGUCACCUGGCCUGUGGUGUGGAUACCCAAGGGCAGGUCUAGGCUGGGGCCUGGUGAAAGGGCAGGACAGCAACCAAGAGCAGUGGAGGUGUCCCAGGUGUCCCAGGUGUCCGAGGGCCCUCCAAAGGCCAGAGCUGCCCUGCCCCCGCCUCCAACACUUCAGCCCGGAGACUCUGGCCUCUACCAGUUGCUGAUCUGGGACCAAGGUCCAACCACAGGGCUCUUGCAGCCUAUGGGCCAUGGUUGCCAGCCUGGGAGGGGCCGGAUGGAACCCUGCGUCUGAGCUUUUGCUCCCCUCCCCCGAUAACCCCAGGAUUCUAUAGAGGCCUGGCUCAGUUGCCUGGGAGACAGGCCUGCUAGCCCAAGCAAAGAUGGGGGGCCUGAGAGGGCUCGGCCCUGGCAGAGCCCUGCUGGGGUAAAUCUCCAGAGGCCCCAGCUCCGUCUCCCCUUGGGGCUUAGCCCUGCUCAGCCCUGCCAACCCCUCAGGGCACUCAGCGCACCUCCCCCACCCCCACAGGCUGAGUCCCUUAGAGCUUCUUGAACCUUCUGUCUGUCCCUACCCCCCACGUAGGUCUCCUGCUCCCCCCAUCGUGGGGACACUGCGCGCCACUGGGCGGGCACUGGGCCUCGCCCCAAGCCCCGCCUGCCUCCUCAUGCACUCCCUAUGGCUCCCUGGGGCAGAACUGUGCCCAGACUGGUGGGGCGGGGCCCAGUGGCCCCAGCUCCUUCUUCAGCCUUUUCUGUCCCGUUCAGUGGGGCCAGCAGGCUGCAGUGAAGAGGGUGCCCUUUACCUUGAGCCCCCCUACCCAGGCUCCCUCUUCCCAGCCCCAGCCCACUGAGCCCGGACCCAGCUACCCUUAUCCCCACUUCCGAAUCCUGCCGCAUCCUGACCUUCCUGCCUGGUCUGAGUAGGGUCAUGGCCUUGAGGGCAGGUGACCACAGCCAGGUUGCAAUGAACGGGCUGAAGGAGAAGGUGCUGACGCUGGACACCAUGAACCCCUGUGUUCGGAAGGUGGAGUAUGCGGUGCGAGGUCCCAUCGUGCUGCGUGCCCUUGAGCUGGAGCAGGAGCUGCGGCAGGGGGUAAAGAAGCCCUUCACUGAGGUCAUUCGCGCCAACAUCGGGGAUGCACAGGCCAUGGGGCAGAAGCCCAUCACCUUCCUGCGUCAGGUCCUGGCCCUCUGCGUCCACCCUGAUCUCCUGAACAGCCCGGACUUCCCCGAGGAUGCCAAGAGAAGGGCUGAGCGUAUCUUGCAGGCGUGCGGGGGACACAGCCUGGGGGCCUACAGCAUCAGCUCAGGCAUCCAGCUGAUCCGGGAGGAUGUAGCGAGGUACAUCGAGCGGCGCGACGGAGGCAUUCCCGCGGACCCCAAUAACAUUUACCUGUCCACCGGGGCCAGCGACGCCAUCGUGACGGUGCUGAAGUUGCUGGUGGCUGGAGAGGGUCGCACGCGCACGGGUGUGCUCAUCCCCAUCCCUCAGUACCCGCUCUACUCGGCCGCGCUGGCCGAGCUCAACGCUGUGCAGGUGGAUUACUACCUGGACGAGGAGCGCGCGUGGGCCCUCGACGUGGCCGAGCUGCGGCGCGCCCUGGCCCAGGCGCGGGAUCAUUGCUGCCCUCGCGCACUCUGCGUUAUCAACCCCGGGAACCCCACUGGGCAGGUGCAAGCCCGCGAGUGCAUCGAGGCCGUGAUUCGCUUCGCCUUUGAGGAGCGCCUCUUCCUGAUGGCGGAUGAGGUGUACCAAGACAACGUGUACGCGGAGGGCUCGCAGUUCCACUCGUUCAAGAAGGUGCUCACGGAGAUGGGGCCGCCCUACGCGGCGCAGCAGGAGCUCGCCUCCUUCCACUCGGUCUCCAAAGGCUACAUGGGAGAGUGUGGGUUCCGCGGCGGCUACGUGGAGGUGGUGAACAUGGACCCCGCGGUGCAGUCCCAGAUGCAGAAACUGAUGAGCGUGCGGCUGUGCCCGCCGGUGCCGGGCCAGCUCCUGCUGGACGUGGUGGUCAGCCCUCCCGCACCCUCGGAGCCCUCCUUCGCGCAGUUCCAGGCGGAGAGGCAGGCGGUCCUGGCCGAGCUGGCGGCGAAGGCCAAGCUCACGGAGCAAGUUUUCAACGAGGCUCCCGGCAUCCGCUGCAACCCGGUGCAGGGCGCCAUGUACUCAUUCCCUCGCGUGCAGCUGCCCCCGCGCGCCGUGCAGCGCGCUCAGGAGCUGGGCCUGGCGCCCGACAUGUUCUUCUGCUUGCGCCUUCUGGAGGAGACCGGCAUCUGCGUGGUGCCCGGGAGUGGCUUCGGGCAGAAGGAAGGCACCUACCACUUCCGGAUGACCAUUCUGCCCCCCUUGGAGAAGCUGCGGCCUCUGCUGGAGAAGCUGAGCCAGUUCCACGCCAAGUUCACCCGAGAGUACUCCUAACCAUUCCCCUCCCCGCUUUGGGGCCAGGCUGGGCCGGCAGGGCCGACCCUGGACUUACCAUGCCCAGGGCCCUGGGGGUCUCUGGAGCCCUCAGGACUUGCUCCUGCUGCCUGCGGGGCUGGGCCCCCUGCCUUUCUGCAGGCCCCCAAUAAAGCUAUGAAACAGCCUGA